UUGACCCUGCACGUGUGAGCGCGUACGUCCCGCGGCGGAACGAACGUGCCCGUGUGUUCGUUCCGCGCGCGCGCGGGCGUCGCUGGUGCGCGUGAGUGCGUGAUCUCGCGAUCUGGGCGCGCGCAGAUGUCUGCCCGUGGACCCCGGCAGACACGCUGAGCUCAUCCGGAGUUGGAGGCGGCUUGCGGCGGGACAGACGCGGGCCCCCGGAGACCGGCCAUGGCGCCAUGAGCGCCGCCCCGCCGCAGCAGCGUCUGGCGGCCUCCGUGACGCGCUACCUGCCCGCCGUGGUGGACCCGCGGCCCGCGCGCGCCGUGCACUGCCCCGACCUCAACGCCUGCCUCGUCAACGAGGGCCGCGCCCAGCGCGUCGACUGCCGCGCCGUGCACUUCGGCUACGCCAUCCCGGUGACCGUGGUGCCGCUGCGCGACCGCCCGCACCUGGCGGAGCUGGUGCUGGACCCCGAGCCGCCGCUGUCGCCCGCCGCCGCGCGCUACCUGCUGCGCCACCACCCGCAGCUCAAGCCCAUGGCGGCGGCCGCCGGGGGCCGGCGCGCGCGGCCCGAGGACGACAUCGCCGCCAUCGCGCAGCAGAUCUCGGACCACGCCGAGGCCAUCUACCAGACGUGGAAGGCGCGCGGCCUCGCGCCCGCCGAGAUCCUCAAGUGCCACGGCGGCGCCGCAGCCGCGGAGCGCUUCGCCCCGGCGCUCAAGCCCCGCGCGCCCCUCGACCUGACCUUGGACGCCGACAACCUGGAGCGCCUCGUCAGCACCUUCGUGUCGGAGGACAAGGCGCGCCUGGCGGCCCGGCGCCGCUCGCCGCCGCCCUCCAUCCAGCUCGCGCGCCAGCCGUCGCGCAUCCCGCAGCCCACGGCCACGUGGCCGCUCAAGAACCGGCUGGCGGGCGGCAAGGCGGCGCGCAACAGCGCCGAGUGCCUGGACGAGGUGGCGCGCGAGGAGCGACGCCUCAUCGACGCGCUCAAGACCGGGGUCAUCAUCGCGGACGAGCGCGGCAGGAAGACCCCCGCCAGGACGCGCAGGAAGGAGCCGGAGGCGGGCCGCACCGUGCCGCGCCCGGAGCUGACCAGCCUGCAGCGCCAGCACCUGCAGGGGGCGGGGGCCAACCCCGUGCGGCCGUUCCUGACGCGCGGCUCCGUGGCGGAGCGCGUGCUCAUCUUCGAGAAGUGCCCCACGGAGCUGCUGGACAAGCGGCGCAGCCUGGGCGCCUCCGCCGCGGCCAAGCCCCAGACGUACUCCCGCGACAAGGAGAACCAGGGUCCCGGGCGCCUGCCGCCCAGCACCACUCUCCAGAGACACGUCAAGGCCAACAGGAAUGUGCACAUUCCCAGGUUCCACUUCCCGCAGGGCAAGCCGUGCUCGGAGGCGCUGCUGGAGGCGUCGCUGGAGCGCGUGUCCGCCGUGUUCCAGCAGUUCCCGAGCCAGCAGGCGCCGCGCGACCAGUUCGGCCUCGUCGCCAAGGCCUGUGAGUGCCCGCUGUACUGGAAGAUCCCACUCUUCACCGCGGCUGGAGGGGAGAAGCUGGGAUACGUCGAGGCCAGCACCUUCCUGGACUUCUGGAGAAAGGUGCUGGGCUCGUGCCACGACCAGGCGUCCAGGUUCGUGCGCGUGCUGACCAGGGGCCAGCGCGACCACCUGCUGCCGGACGACCUGAUGCCGCUGGUGCAGGACGUGGUGGACACCCACCCGGGCCUCACCUUCCUCAAGGAGGCCACGGAGUUCCACUCGCGAUACGUGCACACGGUGAUUGCGCGCAUCUUCUACUGCGUGAACCGGUCGUGGAGCGGGCGCGUCACGGUGCCGGAGGUGAGGCGCUCCAACCUGAUGCGCGUGGUGCAGCUCUUGGAGCAGGAGGAGGACAUCAACCAGGUGACGGCCUACUUCAGCUACGAGCACUUCUACGUCAUCUACUGCAAGUUCUGGGAGCUGGACCGCGACCACGACCUCUUCAUCGACCGGGCGGACCUGCAGCGCCACAGCGACCACGCUCUGUCCACGCGCAUCAUUGACCGCAUCUUCUCAGGGGCGGUGACGCGCGGCUCGCGCCAGCACCCCGACAAGAUGAGCUACACGGAGUUCGUGUGGUUCCUGCUGUCCGAGGAGGACAAGCAGCACCCCACUGCCAUAGAAUACUGGUUCCGGUGCAUGGACCUGGACGGGGACGGCUACCUGUCCAUGUACGAGCUGGAGUACUUCUACGAGGAGCAGCUCCAGAGGAUGGAGGCCAUCGGCAUCGAGACGCUGCCCUUCGAGGACUGCUUGUGCCAGAUGCUGGACAUGAUCCGCCCCGUGGUCCCGGGCAAGAUAUCGCUGAGCGACCUGAAGCGCUGCAAGAUGACGCCCAUCUUCUUCGACACCUUCUUCAACCUGGAGAAGUACCUGGACCACGAGCAGCGCGACCCGUUCGCGUCCCAGCGCGACCAUGACACGGACGGGCAGGAGCUGUCCGAUUGGGACCGGUUCGCGGCGGAGGAGUACGAGCUGCUGGUGGCGGAGGAGGGCGGAGCAGACCAGCAGGACGACAUGAUGUACGAAGAUGACACGGAAGGCGAAGACGUCCUCUCCCCCAACCUAGACAACAUUGUUACCAACAACAACCACCCUGCGGUGAAAGCCGUCAUGGUUAAUGGAACCUGGAAAAGCCCAAGUUUCAAAGUCACGGACUUCGACGUGGAAGAUGAAGACUAUGCGGACUAUGCAGCAGACAGCGACGACUGCUCCGUGUGACGAUCCAUGAUACACGCAUGUCUUUGUUCGGAUACGUGCUACACACUUGAUGACAGUGCUGAAAACCUCAGAGACACAAGAAAUAAUUGGUGACAAUUUUUGAGGAAAAGCGAAGUAUUAGUUUUGUGUGAGUUGUUAACACUUCAGUGUGCAAGUUAUUAGACGAGCAUUUUUAAGAACCUUUUUUUUUCUAACUCAAUGACUUAAUGUUUGUUCACUGUUAUUUGAGAAUGGUUGAGACUAUUUCUUUUAAUUUUUGUGAGAAGACAUUUACAUGAACUGUGUGAAAUACAUGCACCUGGGUGCAUUCAAGGAUAAAAUGCAUGUUGUGCCUUGCACAUUAGUGCAUUUUAUAUAUAACAGACUCAACAUUCAAUUAUCGAGUAAUUCUCUAGCAUUUGUAAAACAUUUACAUGUGAGUCAAGUCUAAAAGAAAAGAAAAACAUUUUGUAUUUCAGAGCAACUUGCGAUGCCUGUUAUGAUAUUCCUGAAAACGUGUGUUAACAUAUUUAGCAAUUAAUCAUGUACAUAGCAAUCUCCUUUUAAAUGUUGUUUAUAAAGUUCUAUCAAAGUGUUAUCUCUGACAGCAACUUAAUGACACAAAUAUGAUUCAGUUAAGUUUUUUUUUGUUUGGCAGAAUGCGUUUAGUAGCAUCAACGACACAGUCUAUUGAAUGCACAGAAAUAAUCCAUUAAAAGUUAAUGAUCAAGACACAUUAAACACUAUUAUUUUACAGACACCAGAUGCAACCACAACCUGGAAAUAAACUCCUAAUGACACAAUAUGAGCACCAACACUGUGCCUUCUCUAUCAUGCGAGUUGACACUAGACUCCAACCAACACUUACAGAUUUGCAAAAGAAAAUACGCCUGUAAACAUAUAUAACACACAGAAUCUGUAAAGACUAAUGGGCUGAACACCAGUCUGUGUUCAUUUCAAAUGUAAUUUUACAUUUCUCUUUUGACUAUUGAGUACUCUUUAUAUACAUAUGCCUUAUUGCCAGUACAAUCCACACCAGAACACAUUUUACUGACGCAUUGGAUCUCAUCUAGUCUGAAAAUAAAUGUGUUCUUAAAGGACUUCAUAGCAAAUAACCAGAACUUAACCAAUGGGCGACUAAGAACAUCUACAUGAUCACCUAUUCCUUAGCUGCAUUUGUCUGUAUUAAAUCUGCUAUGGGCUAUAAAAUGCAUACACAUAACAAAACUUAGCUUGCAACAUUUUUGGCAACUAAACUAGGGGAAUACAAUUCCAGAGGCACUAUUGCCAUGUCUAUAGCUGAAUUUGAUAUUAAAAGGGUGUUUAGUUAAAAAAAGAAAUACUAUGUUAGCAGUGGAAAUCAAAGCUACAUAUUUUAACCAUUCUGAAGGAAAUCAAGAUUUUUUUUUGUCAGAUAUUCCAGCAAAGAAAACUAACAAGCUAACUGAAAUGUCCACAAAUCAAUUAACUCACACUAAUCCCUUUAUAAGACUAGGACAAGGAACUGCGAAUGACAUUUACCCUCAGUGAUUUGACAUUUCAAGUUCUUAAACUUCUCAUGUUUAUGGAUAGAAAAUGAAGUUUUAUCAAAUUCAUGAGCAUUUAUUACAACUUACCAAAGACAAUUCAAUCUACACAUUAAGUGUAAUCAACUUUUAAAUAGUUUAAGUAACCUAACUAGUUCGCUGUUAAAGAUAAAGUUUUUAUGUGAUGCUUUGCACACACGAAGAUAGUUUUAUUUAAAUAUAUGUUAAUUUAGUGUACAAUAUAUACAUGAAAAUUAUAAAUAAAAAAGUCUUUAUGUUAACCAACUACCUGUAGAUGAGCUAUCAUCUUGUAUCGUGAAACAAAAUUCUGCAAACCUUGGAACAGGAUCCAUUUUGAAAAAUAUAAAACUCAUCAUAACUUACGCCUUUGCUAACACCAUCAACUAUUACUGACAUGCCUUAGCACAUCUUGAGCUGCUAAACUGUAAGUAGCCAUCACACACAUCACUCGACAUACAUGAAUGUUUUAUACAUUAAGGCAUGGUCUCACACACUAUGUUGACCACAUCCCCCCCCCCCCCCCC